CAAGUGGUUUUGCGUUAAUUAAGUGAUGGCCUGUUUGUCUGCUGGUAUUGUUAUUUUUCAGUUGGCGCCAAACGAAAUGGAAGGAUGGGCAAAUAAAGUCUAUCCACUUCUUGCACUUGCGGAAUGGCUCAGCUUACUUCUUAGCUCACCAGCUUUGUCGUCUCUUCUCUUCUCUUCUCUUCUCUUCUCUCUCUGUCGGUUGCUUCUUUCCUUUUCACCAAAAACUUUCUCUGCAACACACUCUUCUCAGACCCUCUAAAAUCUUCCUUCUCUCUUUACUCUUUCCCUAAAAUCUAAAUACACAGUGGAAACAGUGACUUGAAAACAAAUUGAAAAGAAAUGGUAAGAAGCGACUUGUUUCAUUAGGAUGCAGGGAGGUAUUACGUCACUGGAAAACCCCAAAGUUGAUUCAUUUCUUCAUAUUUUAACACCAAAAAAUGAAUAUUCUUUGAGGUUACUUGAGUUUUCAUGGACCCUUUGUUUUGUUCACUCUUCUCUUCAGUAGUUGAUCCAUGGUAAACCCUCAAAAUUAGAAAACAAGAGUAAUAUUUGAAAGAAAAUCUUUUACCGGCAUCCCAAAAUUUUGUUUUGGACGCCUUUGAAUUCUGUCUGUAGUUCUUAGUUGAACAAUUGUUUAGUGACAUCUAUCGAGAAGGAUUUAUUUCGUAGUAUUAACAAUGAUAUAAUUAUGUAUUCUUUUUCAAGAUAUUAAAACUCAUUGGGUACAAUUGUAAUAAUAUAAUAUAUGUUUCAAUUUUUUGUUUACAAUUUAUAUAUAGGUGUGUGUGUGUGUGUAUAUAUAUAUAUAUAUAUUAAAAACAAUUCUUAGAUCUGUCCUCGCUGCUUCUCUUCUGGCAUUUCAUUUGUCCCAAGGGAUUGAGUAUGAGUUCAGUGGCUAGUGGCAGAAAAUGUGUACUGUGAAAUAUGAAGCACACGCCAAUUUUUAUUCGCAAUCAAAGCCAACUUGCCCACAAAAUUUCUGCCAUAUAACUUAAACCUUUGUCUCCUAUAGAUAUUUAAAUUCUGACACCAAAAUUUCUACUGUAAGCAGCUUUCCGCAAUUUAGAUCUGUUACUGUUUUAUUACAGUUUAUUUAUUUAUUCAAUCAAAUGAAAUAAACUGCAAUUUGUUUGUUGUUCUUUAUUCAAAGCCUUUUUGGCAUCUCCUUGCUGUUCAAGAAAUUAGUUUCUUUAAAGCUAACAUGAAGUUCAUGGGUUACGGAGAAACAAAAAGUUCAACAGGCUAUGGCAGGCCUCCAUGGAUAUUCAAAGUGCCUUGUAUCAGCUCCAUCUUGUGAAAGCUGAAACUGCUAGAGCAUUCAUUCCAAGGGAGUUCCGCUUAGUUGAAGCUUUUGGAUACACACUUGGCGGUUUUUUCCUUGCCAAUUAUGAUGACAGCCCGGCCGGGGUCUUUGAUGAGCUUGUGGUGAUUGCAGGAAUUGUGUGGAAUCCCCCAUCAUCUUGCGCAUGGGCAGCCAGGGUUCUUGUGAACAGUGAAGAAGCUUGUCACCAUGGACGAAAGAACGUAGGGCUUCCAAGUCAGGUAGCCAGAUUUUCAAAGAGAAUUACACCAGUUCCUAGACAAACAAAGGGUAAAUUUGGUGGCUUUCUAAACAGGAUUGGUGUUGGGACCACUAACCGCCUCUCAAAAGAUUGCAUGGAUGUUCAGGUGACAGAAGUUGUGGGAACGGCUUCAUCAGAUAUCUGUAAUAUCAAACUUAUAACUGAUGUGCCUAAGCCGAAAUUCAACAAAUGGAUGGGCCCGUUGAUCACAAUGUCACUUCCAAGCUUUAGUGGCCAAACAGAGUAUAAUCCCAACCUUUUGAAGUAUUCUUGCCGCAUUGCCUGCAGAGUGCGAGCGGUGCGGCCAGCUAAGGUAUCAGGACCAUCACCUUCAAAGGACAGAAACAGUGAUUUCAAAACUACAGAUUUUACAGCUGAGGAACUCGUAGAUAAAGGAAGAAACCUCAGCAUAUCGAUUAUGUUAUCAAAACCUAUUCUAGCUUUGGAAUUUAAUUGCUUGGAAAUGCAAGUUGAAGAUCCCACAAUACUACCCAACAACUCUACAUGCUCUUUACGACCUGCUUGAGCAUCUUGCUCCUCCUUGUUGUUUUGACAUGAAUAAUAUAAAAUUCUUUCCUCCAUUCUUUUUUUUUUUUUUCUUUUU